AUGCGACAGCGUCGUUGGGUAGAACUUUUAAACGACUAUGAGUGUGCAAUCAAGUAUCAUCCGGGUAAGGCUAAUGUUGUAGCUGAUGCUUUCAGUCGAAAGGAAUCGAAACCCAAAUGUGUUCGCGCCUUGCAGCUCACUAUCCAUUCUAACUUGCCUGAACGGAUCCGUUUUGCACAAACCGAAGCAUUGAAAGAGGAAAACAUUGAAGCAGAGUACUUAAGGGGCAUGGAAAAACGACUUGUAGAAAGGUCGGAUGGUAUCCUCUACUUUGUGGAGCGUGUAUGGAUUCCUUUGUUUGGUAACCUUAGAGAACUUGUGAUGGACGAAGCGCACAAGUAUCGAUACUUCGUUCACCCAAGUUCGGAUAAGAUGUAUUAG